AUGUAUUGGCUGCGAUCAACCGUUAGAACUCGUCAUCCAACCUCAAUUAGUGGCUAUAUUUCAGCUAGACGGAGUGAAAUUCGAAUCGAUUGUGGCAAAACUCCGAGGAAAAAACGACAACCAGGUGCAGAUGGAUUUUGUGACGAAUGUCUAUCAUCCGUUCUAGAUAGUAAAGUACAGUUAUCGAUGACGACUCUUACUGCUAGUCAACAUCCCACUAUGAUUUCCACCGACACGAAAGACAAUGAUACCAUCGGCUAUUAUCCUGACACAUGUAAUGUGUCAUGA